AUGUCUACUUCACCUUGGGCUAAUUCCGAGAUACUUGGCAUUAAAGACAAAAAGGAGAGACUCUCAAAGGAGAUCCUUGCAUUCACAAACUACAUUGCUCCUACCAAGCGCGAACAGAAAGAUAGAGAAAUCCUUAUAAAGACUGCCAAAGGCGCUGUAGAAUCUGCCUAUUAUCGAGACACUAAAUUUGAACCGUUCGGUUCUUAUGUCACUGGCCUCCUUUUGCCUGGAAGUGAUGUUGACAUUAAUGUGACAACCUACCAAGAUUCUGGAGAUGCAAGAAGAGUUCUCGGCCGUAUUAGAAAAGAAUUAAUGAGAAUGUCUUACGAUUGGAAUGAACUGCUGUUUAUUCGCUCUGCACGCAUUCCCGUACUAACCAUUGAUGACAAGCGUCUUGGUACAUCUUUGGAUUUGACCGUCAAUAAUCCGUGUUUCAGCUCUGACCGUACUGUUAAAUGGCUUGCUGAACUUCCUGAACUCAAGCCCAUAUUUUUAACUCUCAAGCACGCCUUUUCCUCUUCAAAGCUUGAAUAUAUGAGAUCAUUUGAACUCAUGUCCUCAAAAAACAGUGGUUUCGCAAGCUACACUAUUAUUUGUCUGAUUGUUGCAUACAUAAAGACCCACAAACCAGAAAAUGUCAAGAAAAGUACUCCAACCUAUUAUUCCGACCUAUUGAUUGGAUUUCUUCACUUUUACAGCACUUUUGAUUUUAAGAACAUGUGCCUGGAUAUGAAUGAGGAUGGAAAAAUCUACCCAAAAUCUGAAAAUUAUAUGCCUCGUCUUCAAAAUGAAGAAGUUAUUAUUGUUCUAGAUCCCGAUGUGGAAAACACGAACGUUGCGCGUAGCUCAUCUAGAAUCAGAGAAACCAUAUUUUCUAUUACAGAAAUCUAUAAUACUCUUUUAACCCGAAUAGACACAGCCAGCACAGAUGAACCUGAGUCAAUACUCUCUUCAAUAAUAAAGGUCAUACCUCACAACCCCAGAGAUCCACGUCCAGAAGGGAAAAAAUAUGAAAUUAAGGAACGGACCAUUAAAUACGUCGAUCAUACGGAGGAUGAUGAAGAUGCUACCGACAGCUACAACGAUAGGAAGCCUUGGGACAGAGACUACAAUCGCAAACGUGAGCGUGAAACAACACCACCAUCGCACUCAAAAUAUGUCUCGAGAUCAUCAAAACAUGAUAGCUCAGAUAAUAAAAAGAGGAAACGUUCGAGAUCAACAGAAAGCGACAUCGCAAGUUCAUCGAAGAGAGCACACAAAGCAGACUGA